AUGCCCUGCUUCAAGGGUUUGUUGCUCCAUGAAUACUCGAAUACACGGUCGAGUACUGACAUGAGUCGCAGGCCUUGCGGUCUCCAUCCACACUCCUAAUGGUAAUUGAAUCACUGCACUCUAUCCCCAACAUCCAAAUCGCUAAUUCGGCGCAGGCCCAAUUGCGGAGCACUCGGUUCAGAAGCAGUCGAGGCAGGUGGGUGCAAUUUCCAAUGCGAUGCUCGUCACCACACAUGCUGUAUUGACCCGGCGUUUAGAACCGUAUAUCUACCUACAUCCCUGUGCCUCCGGCCAAAGUUCCUGAAGGAUCUACAACUGGCAAGCCCGAACAAUCCACCUUUGCCAUAUCCAUCACGCUCCUGACGCCGGGCCUGAACGUCCCGUACUCGACACCGAAGCCCACACCGGAAGACCCGAACCCAAAGCCACGAGUUGUUGGCGGUCUGCCCGGCAAUCUCAGCGACCGUGGCAAAUACGACGCGGCUAUUCCUCCUUACGUUCCCCGCACGACCAAUCCAAAUGAGACCAUCGCGGCAUACAUCUACUUCGACGGGCGCGCGAAAGAAGAGGUCGCAACGCUGCUCAGACGUGGUGAAGAGACAUGGGUCAACUCUCGCUGGGUCAGCGUGCCCGAGUCUGAAGGCGGAGGUCUAGCGGAACGCGAGUUCUUGUUCAGAGAAGUGGGUCUGGAGAGAUGGCUGAAUGGACUCGAUUUGCAAGGCAGCAACAAGGACAAGGCGGAGCGGAUAGAGCGACGCCAGCGGAGACUGGAGAAGAAGAGACGGAAGAAGAAGGACGAACUGGAUGACAGUGAUGAUGAGGACAGCAAAGAACCCAAGAGACUCGACAGGAAUGGCGUGCUACGGUAUGGUGGAGAGGAUGGCUCACCCGUGGAGGACCUUCCCACGGAGGAAGGUCUCUUCUCGUCCGACUCAGACUCCGAUGACGAGCCGCCGCAGCCUGAAGCCGCAGGUCAAAUCAAGGUAGCACUCUUUCGCGUUCUUGCUAGUGGCGAGAUCAAGCGAGGAGAGUACUCACCCCAAUUUGAUGCCCACGAUGACGAUGAAAUGGAAAAUGGAGGCGGCGAUGGAGCUGACGGAGAUGUUGACCACACCACGAGCUUUGCGAAACCGAAGACACUUGACCCGAAGACCAUCAGCACACAAACAGUCACAGGCCUGGAUCCUCCGGAAUCUCCUUACGCUGUGUUCACGUUCUUCUACCGUGGAGAGAAGCAACUCCGCAAGAUGGGUAUCAUUUCGAAUCCCGAGGCGCAGAAGACUCCUCAGUCCAGUCGACGCAAGUCAUCAGGCCCGGACUUUUCAAAUCUAGGCCCGCUCAAAUCGACUGGCACAGUCGGGUUUUCGGGAUAUAGGGAUUCAUCCAACACGAAGCGCAAGAACCAGAAGAACCGUGACGGUGACGCUAUGGAUAGUGACGCCGACGAAGAUGAUGACGAGCGGCUGCCGAAUGGAGAGGAGGAAGGUGACUCGAAGCAAGAGAACGGCAGUAGCAUGCUGUCCCCGGAAGAUGCCAAGCGCACGGGUGAGAUCUCGGAAGGCGUGCAGAAGAUCAAGGUAAUGUAAUUUCGCAUGGGAUGAGGGAGGACGAUUCUGACUUCGUGGCAGCUCAAGAGGCAGCAUUCUUCUGACGCAAUCACCGAGAAUCCUACGCGCAAGUCACCGUUCAUGAAGACCGAUGACUCUCCUCCCGUUGGAACUCCGCAGUCGGUGAACUCUACCGCAGCGAACGCAGGCACCCCUCCGGACGGUUUAUCGCCGACCAAUCUAGACACUGGCGACACUGGCGCAAGCCCAUUCAAGCGCCAGCGGGCAAGCGAGCCUGGACCGAACAGCGGCGUCGGCUUCGCAUCCCUCGAUUCCAGCUUGAACGAGACUCUCCCAGCUACAUCCAUGGCGGAUGCCAGCGUGGGAGGACAGCGGGCGGCAUCGACUCCUGAUUGCAAGCGCGAGAUCAAGGAGGAUUCCGAUGAGGAAUUGUGA